AAAAAAUAUAUUUUUUUUUAUAAAAUAAUCUUUGUGCUGAAAGAUAAAAAUAAUAUUUGUGAUUUUUGUUGAACGAAUAUGAGUGAACAUUAAACUGCAAGUGAGUUAUGAGUUUUAAAAAAAAAAUUUGUGUUAUUGGAGGUGGUGUUAUUGGUGUAACAAGUGCACUUGCUGUUAAAGAAAAAUUUCCAAAUUUUAAUGUAACUAUUUUUGCUGAUAAUUAUACACCAAAUACAACUGGUGAUGGAAGUGCUGGAUUUUGGGAUCCUUAUUUAAUUCAAGACACACCAGAUGUUGAUAUUUUACGAUGGGGUGGUGCAACACAUAAAUGGAUGGAAAAUUUUUGGAAAACAGAUUUAUCAUCGGAAAUUGGAGUAUCAUUAAUUCCUGUUUUUCGAGUUUCCAAUGAUGUUGAAUCAAAAGAGAUGCCGUCUUGGUUGUCACUCGUUUACGCCGGGCGAAAUUUAACUCAUCAAGAACUGCGUAAAUUCAAUGAUGAUUACUGCAAAAAAUACAGAUCUGGUUAUUCUUUUUUGACUUAUACUUGUGAGCCAAAAUAUCUUUUACCAUAUUUGAUGGAUAAAUUUAAAUCAUUGGGUGGCAUUGUGGUGAAAAGAAAAAUUAAUAAUUUCAAUGAAUUGGCAGAUGAGGGAUAUGAAAUUUUGAUUAAUUGUGCUGGAAUUAAUGCGGGAAAAUUAAGUGGUGACUCGACAGUUGAACCCAUCCGAGGUCAAGUUGCUCGGGUUAAAGCACCCUGGAUUUUUGGUGUAUUUCUCGAUGACAAUAAUUACAUAAUUCCAAAUAUGGAGUCUGUGAUUUUGGGUGGAACGAGUCAAGUAAAUGACUACGAUACAAAAGUAAGAAAAAUUGAUUCGAAAUUUAUAAAAGAAGGUUGUCAAAAAAUUAUUCCAGCUAUAGGAAAUGCCAAAUUAAUUGAUGAAUGGGUUGGUUUGAGACCAGGAAGAAAAUCAAUUCGUCUAGAAUCUGAAAUACUUGUAAAUAAAACAGGAAAAAAAUAUACAGUGAUACAUAAUUACGGACACGGUGGUAGUGGUGUUACAUUGUGCUGGGGUUGUGCCCUAGAUGUCGUAAAAAUAUUACAAAACUUUUUUAUUCAAAAAGUUUAUUUCAUCACGUCAAAUUUAUAACAAAUUAAUUUUUAAUUGUCUCAAAAAAUACCUACUAUUAUCUUGCAAAAUAAAAAGAUACAAUCGAAAUUAAAUAUUACUAAAAAAAAAUGGUUUCCGUUAGAAAUAUUUGCCAGUUGUUUCGUCGAUGUAAAUUCAAGAAAAAAAAUUACAAUUUAAUUAUUAUUAUAUAACUAUAAAUACAUUAUUUUUUUUUUACAAUUUAUUUAUUUUUUUCUUGUUAAACUACCGAGUUAUCCAAAGUAACGAUAAAAAAAUUUUUAGUAGUAAUAAAAAAUAAUUUUAAUUUAUA